AUGUUUCUUGUACUUAAUGAACUCAAGAAUGUAGGUGAAGACAGACUCGCAAACUUCAACGCUUUGAAAUCAAUUAUAACGGAUAAUGAGAUAAGAAUUAAUGAAAAGAAUCAACCCAGAAGAACUGCUCAGAACGUUGCAAACUUCAUUUUCGUAACUAAUAACGUUUACCCUGUCAAAAUUGAAGUUGGAGACAGAAGAUACGUAGUUUUAAGAGUUAAUGGUAAAUUCAAGGGUCAAUUUGAUUACUUCAAGAAUUUGAUGAAUUCAUGCACAAAGGAAUUUUAUGAUAAUUUACUGACGUAUUUUAUGCAAUAUGACCUUUCAUCAUUUAACGUACGAAUCAUACCGACGACUGAAGCCAAACAAGAUUUAAUUGAAUUAUCAACAAAUCCUUUAGAUGUAUGGAUAAAUACACAUUAUGAUGAAUUGAGUGCAGGUAUGACGUGUGAAAAUGCUCUAUUCUGCAAACCAUCAGACAUGAAAGACAAAAACUUUCAAAUGAGCAUUAAAGAUAAAUGUGAUAAGAAACAGAGAAGAAUAGAUGGUAAACAAACAUGGUGUUAUGUUUUGAAAGAAGAAAUGAAAGGAUUAUAUAAACAGGUUGAACCAAACGAUAAUGAGGAUUCAUUUACUGACGAUGAAAUACUUGUAAAUGAAGCUUUAUAA